AGAGGCUCUUAGAUACGACUGGGACAAAGUUAACUCGGGAUUUCCACGCGCUCCAGAAGGAAAGGGAAAAAAGCAGCAGCGACUGAACGAUGGCGACUCAAGCACAGCAGCCCCCUCAUCUCCACCUGGCAGAGCUCACCGCGGCGCAGUUUCUCGACAUCUGGAAACAUUUCGACGCAGACGGUCAGUACUGAGGCCAGGGGGUUAAAUUUGGGCAGGACUGGACUAUGGGCAUAUCACAGGAGUAGGCUCUUUGUAAAUUCAGAAUGGUUGAAUAGUUGUUAAAUUGAUUGCCUAGUGCUUGGUGGGACAGAGCAAGUGAGCAGAUGUGAUAGAUGAGGGCAGAAAGUCCUGGGUGUUGUACUGCGGGACAGAGGAGCAUCUGGGGUUGUUAUUUGGACUGCGUCUUGGGAAUCUUGGCUGUGAUUGUCAGUCAGAGAGUGCCCUGUGCCCUGUUCCUUGAUCAUGCACUUCUGGAAAGAUUUUAACUUUACACUUGUUUAUGAACUUUAAUUAAACAAUUAGCAUAUUGAAGUUGUAUAUUUUGAAGUAGCAAAGUGGAAAAGCAUUUUCAAAUAGUUCAGUUAGUGCAUUUUUCCCACAAGAACAUUAGAUGAGAUUUCAGUCGACACGUAGGCUACAUAUAAUCCCAUAUAAACAUGCUUUUUAAUCAUUAUUUUAUUUUAGUUCCUCAAUUACGCACCAGUAAGAACCGCGCCAAGGUAUAGAAUAGAAGAGCGCUGCUUUGGACCACAUUUGUGGCACUAUUUUCUGUGCGUAAAACAUGAAAGUGUAAUACAGCACUACAUUCUUUGAGAUUAAACAUGCGUUCUUUCUAGAUUAUUUAUUAUAUAGAGUGGUUUGAUCGCUGUGAAUUAUAUAUGUGCCUGGCUUGUAGCGACCCCCAACGAGGCAACCGGAUCCGCCCGUCUCCUAUGAAUGAAUCUACAGUAGCCUAUGUCAUCAGCGGGGCUUCUGCCAGGCGCUAGUGUAUUGACAGGCAGCUUGCCGUGUCCGGUCGGGGAAUGGGGAGGAGUGGAGAUGGAGAGAGAGUAGAGGGGAAAAGGGGAAUAGGAGAAGGGGGAGCAGUGUGUGAAGAAGAUGGGGAGAGAGGACAAAUAGCAGGGAAAAGUGGAAGUGGGGGGAGAGGAGAGAGGAGGGAGUAGUAGUGAUGGGGAAAAGGAGAGCGACGGAAUGAAUAUGGGGAAUAGCCAUAUAGCCUUUACAGUCAUUGGGGGUAGAAGGAUGAGAGCGAAAUAUAUUGCUUGGUAUAGCACUGCGUUUUCUUUCUUUAAUCCAUCCAUCCAUGUAUACAUUUUUGCACUGCGCAAAGCAUAUUGAAUCCUUCUCCCCCCAUCCCAUGGUGGUCCCUCAGGGCCGUUGGAGACGUUAUGCUUGGCAGCAAAAAGCUUACCAAGGGCUCUACUAAACACGCGCCUGUUGAAGUGUGUAAAGAUGUGUAAAAAAAGUAUGUGACAUUGCGCAGGCUUGACAUGUUUCCGCCCCAUAGCGCUCACUCUUAGCUCUGCAGCCUGUCACCUAGAGCGUGUAAACAGUCACACCUGAGCAAGCGCAGGGAUUCUCCGAACGUUUAAGCACUCCACUGCCCCAGCCAAGGUUAAAUCCCCCCACCGGGUCUACUAACGGCCAUAUGCGUUAAACCCUGGCCUCUACGGCCAUGCAUACACGCGCUGGUGAGAGUUAUAGCUGGCUACCAGUCCAGUAAUAUAAUUGGCACAAAAAAAUUGAAGUCCCUGGCGUGCACUGGGCUGGAAUGGACCUAGAAGUAGUAGAGGGAUGAGGAAUGAGUCCAAUUACACACACACACACACACACACACACACACACACACACACACACACACACACACACACACACACACACACACACACACUCUCUUUCUCUCUGUCUGUUUUGGGGAGCUGUUUAUUAAUACAUGAGAGAUUGUUCUUUGUUAAUACAUGAAAUAGCAGAGUGUUAAUCCCACCAAAAAAGUAUAGUUUGUGGAAUGUAAAAAUAGGUCUCACCGUGCGCUGUCAAUAAAUGAAUGCAUUUAAGGCUUUUCAGGGAUGUCGCGUGCGGCCAGUGAUCCAUCUGUGGGAGGCAGAGGUGGUCUGUCUGUACCACUUUAAGCCGUACACUCCACAGAGCUGGGCUUUACGGAAGAGUGGCCAGAAAAAAGCCAUUGCUUAAAGAAAAAAAUAAGCAAACACGUUUGGUGUUCGCCAAAAGGCAUGUGGGAGACUCCCCAAACAUAUGGAAGAAGGUACUCUGGUCAGAUAAGACUAAUAUUGCGCUUUUUGGCCAUCAAGGAAAACGCUAUGUCUGGCGCAAACCCAACACCUCUCAUCACCCCGAGAACACCAUCCUCACAGUGAAGCAUGGUGGUGGCAGCAUCAUGCUGUGGGGAUGUUUUUCAUCGGCAGGGACUGGGAAACUGGUCAGAAUUGAAGGAAUGAUGGAUGGCGCUAAAUACAGGGAAAUUCUUGAGGGAAACCUGUUUCAGUCUUCCAGAGAUUUGAGACUGGGAUGGAGGUUUACCUUCCAGCAGGACAAUGACCCUAAGCAUACUGCUAAAGCAACACUCGAGUGGUUUAAGGGGAAACAUUUAAAUGUCUUGGAAUGGCCUAGUCAAAGCCCAGACCUCAAUCCAAUUGAGAAUCUGUGGUCUUAUUUCAUGUUUGUUUCACAAGAAAACAUAUUUUUCAUCUUCAAAGUGGUAGGCAUGUUGUGUAAAUCAAAUGAUACAAACCCCCAAAAAAUCAAUUUUAAUUCCAGGUUGUAAGGCAACAAAAUAGGAAAAAUGCCAAGGGGGGUGAAUACUUUCGCAAGCCACUGUAUUUGGGAAACGCAUGCAUUAUUCCACUCUUCACACCAGAUAAUAUUUCAUGCAAGGAAACAAGAUCUAUGUCUAAUAUAACUGGAAAAUGUAUGAACAGGGCCUAGCCUUUUGGGGGCCCUAGGCAAGAUUUUGUUGGGAGGCCCAUCACCUCGCUUUUUGAAGUUAAUUUCCUGCAAUUCUACACAUUUUGCCAUGGGGCAUAGAGAAAAUGUUGCAGUUUUAAAGCAAGUUUUCUGCAAUUGAACAUUUUGCCAUGGGGCGAAAAAGAAACUUUUGCAAAUGUCUAACUAAUUUCAUGCAAUUCUACUCGUGAGUGUGAGUAGCUAACAAAAUCAAUGGGGCCCCCUUGUUCCCUUUCGGUAAUUCGGCCAUGAUUACUACACGUUUAGAUAGCUGGGUAGACUAAUUUACCAAUCUAAUGUUAGCUGUCAUAGAUUAAUUGAGUGACUGUCAGUGACUGACAUAGCAAGAGGAAAACUGCUGAUGCACAACCAAAUUUCGAAAUUGCACUUUGUGUAUUCUACUAUUCUAACUCUCAACAGUAAGACUGAGUUACUUUUUGGGUCGGGAGCCCCCUAGCACGAGGAAAUAGAUGACCACCUAUGUCACUUAAGCCCAAGGCCGGCCCUGUGUAAGGACAUGGGCAUAAUUCCCACUAAAUCCUCACAUUGGGAAGAGCAAUUAGGAUUAUCUGUGAUGGUCUGCACAUAUCUAGCAUAAUAUCCAUGUCUUUGGGGAAACUUCUUUACACAUUUAACCAGCCCACUCCCCCACUUCCCUCCCACACAGUACAGGAAUAUGUUUAGUUGUGCUUCAGUGGAGUGAUGACAUGUUGAUAUAGAGAGGAGACAGCCCUCAGUCCCUCCAUCUGAUGGGCUGAUUUGUUUACAUACACAAAGCUUUGUGUUUCUGCAGUGAUUUGCUUGCAUCUCAAACACCAGCGAGCCAAUGCAGAGAUGGUGAUUUACCUAUCAAACACAACACGCAAAUGAAGUUUAAAGUUGUAUUAGUCACACGGGAUACACAUGGUCCAAUGAAAUGCUUACUUGCAGGUUCCUUCUCAACAAUGCAACAACAAUAAGAAUAAGAACAUAAAGUGAGCCUGUUGGUAUUAGACCUCAUGUUUUGAUACCGUCUGCCCGACGAUAAGGGAGAGAACAGCUCGUGGCUGGGUUGUGUGGGGUCCAUGAUGAUGCUGUGUGCCUUCCUCAGGCACCGUUUCAAGUAGAUGUCCUGGAAGUAAGCAUUUCACUGUAAUGUCUGCACCUGUUGUAUUCGGCGCAUGUGGCCAAUAAAAUUUGAUUUGAUUUGAUUUGGAUGGGUGGAUGCAUGGUCCCAGUGAUUGUACUGGGCCGUCUUCACCACCUGCUGGAGGGCCUUGCUGUCGUGGACGGAGCAAUUCUCAAACCAGGCCGUGAUGCAACCGGUCAGGAAGCUCUCGAUGGUACAGCGGUAGUAUUUGGAGAGGACCCGGGGCGGCAUGCCGAAUUUCUUCAGCCGCCUUAGGAAGUAGCGAUGCUGUUGCGCCCUCUUGACAAGAGUGGUGGUGUUGUUGUUCCAUGAUGAGUACUCAGUGAUGUGGACGCCGAGGAAUUUAAAACUCGUGACUCUCUGUAAUACAGUCCCAUUGAUGUGGAUCGGGGCAUGUUCCCUCCUCUGCUUCCUGAAGUCAACAGUCAUCUCCUUUGUUUUGCUGACGUUGAGGGAGAGGUUGUUCACUUACCUCUUCCCUAUAGGUAGACUCGUCAUUGUUGGUUAUCAGGCCUACAACUGUGGUGUCCUCAGCAAACUUGCUGUACAUCAUGCGUAGCCAGUCCCAUGCCUGUCAUGUUUGUGAAUGUCGCUACAGAAGAUCUAAUGCCCCAAUAAGCAUCUACCUGACCCCCCACUGUCAACCCCCCAGGCACAAAGCCAUUCCACUGUGAUUAUGUUGCUAAUGCUCUCUGAGCUGCAGGCGAUUCAUGUUUUUAAAUAUCAUUCUCCGGCAGCAUUACCAGAGAAUUUCCACACUUCCCAUUCGUAAAUGCCAUCCUGAUCCGCCUGAGGACUCCAGAUUCGGGCAGUGCUUCGAUCAUGUGACUAAUGCAGAGCCCCCAAUGCAAUAGGGCAGGCGUUUGUCUUAUAGGUCAGUGUUUUCCAACUCCAGUCCUCCAACAGCACAUAUUUUGGUUGUAGCCCCGGACAAAAACAACUGAUUCAACUGGUCAAGGGCUUGAUGAUUAGUUGACAAGUAGAAUCAGGUGUGCUUGUCCGGGGCCACAACAAAAAUAUGUACUGUUGGGGGUACUCGAGGACUGGAGUUCAUAAACACUGUUAUACGUCAAUGCAGUUUCUCUCAUCUCCCCGAUGGGGGAGCUCACAGAGCACAGAUCGAUGGGGGAGCUCACAGAGCACAGACCAAUGGGGGAGCAAAGAUCAGCAAAGACAAUUAGGAGUUUGUUAUAUUCUCAAUCAGCCUUAAAUAUCUACAGCCUGUGGGUUGCCCAUACCGCGCACGCACACACACGCACACACGCACACACACACACACACACACACACACACACACACAACACACACACACACUUAUCAAGUUAUCUCCUUCCCUUCUCCAUGAUUUUCCUCCCUGUGGGGUCAGCUAUCAUUUUAUUCCUAUGGUGCUGUGACACAAUAAGUCACAUUAAGCCCUUUCAAAUCCCUCCCUCCGACCUACCCUCCCUUUCUCUCCUCCUCCCUCUAUCUCAUCCCCCCAUCAGAUACUGGGCCUGAUGGUUUUGCUGGGAUAUCAGACUAAUCCUAGUAAGGACCAGGGAGCUCAGCAGUGUGUGUGUGUUGGAUAUACAUAUGUGACUCAAUGUUAUGCUACUGUACUCCUGUGGGAGUCGUGUUGGCCAGAUGGACAAUAUCGUGUGACUGUAGCAUUAGGGUAGAUAAUGAGAGUGUUUUUGUGAACAUGUUUCCAUAGAAUUUAGAGUAUGCAAACAGUCAUGGUGGUGCAAUACAACACUUGACUCUCUGGACUCCUUGUGGACUCGUUGUUCUGGACUUUCUUUGAGCUCCUUGUCGAGCGAAGGGCUUAAAUAAACGCAGCCAUAUUGAACCCAGUUUUUUUUUUACAGUAAUGAAACACACUACAUACCAGGGUUCUAUCUCAAUUCACAUUUGGUGAUACCGUGUAUCUUAUCCCCUCACCCCCUUCCCCUGACUUUCUACUCCAAUGGGAUUUGCGAAGGAGGUGAGGAGAGAGAAUGCAAGGAAUCAAGGAAAGAUGAAUUGAGAAAGAGCCAUAUAACUAAGAGGAUUCCAUUAUGGUUUCCACAGGUUCAAAGGUCAAUGUAAUCCCCAUCUCACUGAUCCCAGGAAUGACCUUUAACCCUUGGGUAUGUUCUACAGGAAAUGGCUACAUCGAGGGAAAGGAGCUGGAGAACUUCUUCCGGGAGCUAGAGACCGCGCGGAGAGGAGCGGGCGUGGUGAGUGGGUUUGAAUACUUCGAAAAUACAUAAUUCCUUCCUGCCUUAAAGUGAGUGACUGACUCCAUCUUAGUCGAGGCAACAUUAAACAUUGUAUUUAAAUGAGCAAAUGGUCCACUUUACUUGACUAUCAUCAUCCACAGUGUAUUCAGGCUUCUAGAUAGGCUGAUAGACUGGAGAAUGAAAGUCUAUAACAACAUAUUAUCAUAGGGAAUUGUUAGGUAGGAAUUCUCUGUUUUAUCAGUUUUUGAUUUAUUCUGUGUGUGUGUCUAUUCCAGGAUCCCACACAUGCUGCGUUUAGAGAAAAGAUGAAGGAGUUCAUGGCUAAAUUCGACAAGAAUGCAGACGGAAGAAUCGAGAUGUCAGAAGUACGACUCAUACUGUACACAAGCACAUUCAAACUCCUCUAUUGAAAUGUCUGGUUACUUUUGAUGUUUUCCUCUGAUGCUAUAUCUGCAUAUACUAUAUGUUUUUUGUUCUGUACACAGUGUUGUUGUUGAAAUACACUUUAAUAUUGAGUUAGAAGCCAAGUGUACUAAUCCUCUCUCUAUAUAUUUUCUCUCUCUCUCCCUCUUUCUCUCCAGUUAGCUCAGAUUCUGCCCACAGAGGAGAAUUUCCUGCUUUGUUUCAGAACAUUUGUGGGAUCCAGUGCAGAAUUCAUGGCGGUAAGUUGUGUCUGUAUGUGUGUGUGUGUGUGUGUAUAAGCCCACUGCACUGUACAGUAUAUCGAUCACUAAAGAUGACUCCUGCGAUCAUUGCUCUCCGAUAAGGAUAACUUUUUGGUUUAUUGCUAAGUCUGAUCACUUCGUCCCAUACACAAAAACCAAGACAAAAACACAUCCACCCACACACACAGAAUCAAUCCCAAGAGAGCUUAGAAAUAUCAGGGAAACAGGUAUCUCCUUGUCUAAAGCGUUUUAUAUCUAGAAAUAACUAGAGAGAGAAAGAGAGAGAGGGAGGGGGGCUCUUUUUAACUGUUUUCUGCUGGUGAAGACACACAAAGUAAGGAGAAGGGAGGAUAGAUAGAAGGAGGGAGUUUUGCAGUGGUCCGGUGUGCUGGCUACCCCAUGUUAAAAGUGGAGGGGGGAGGAGGGGAACACAGGAGCUAUUCUCAGACUGCCAUUCAUUAUGGAUGGGUUGCAGCCUUACUGCAGGAGACUGUGGGGGGGAUGAUGUGGUUUUUGGCAUCCAUCUUUGAUAAGGCUCCGCUCUAGACACGGGACAGCUGGUAGAUUAAAACACAAAUGAUAUACUUUUCUCACUCUCAUCCUCUUCUAUCUCCGUCUGGCUACAUUCUCUCUACCGAUUAUAGCAUUAUAACUUUCCGCUUGUUGUUAAAGUAAAGAGGGUUUUAAGGUUUUAGAGUUCUUUAUCUCUGUUGGGUAGAGUCGUUUGGAAAAUGGAGAGCUUGUGAAAGAAAGACAGUGGCGAAACUGUGUUUAAAUGCGUGUGUGCUGUGUUGUGAUGAAAUGUUAAAAAUGUUCUGUCUACAGGCUUGGCGAAGGUAUGACACUGAUCGCAGUGGAUACAUCGAAGCCAAUGAACUGAAGGUAAACAAAUGUGCCAAACUUUUAAACAUUCAUAACCUUCAUUAGUCAGUUUCCAAGGACUUGUGGUUGUUGUCAGAGGAGGACCCCUGAGCACUCAUCAUUAAACUCUCAUUUUUGGGUCAUUGUUGCUAAUUGAGCCAGUACCAGUGGGGUAACGAGGAUCUGUCUUCCUCAGGGUUUCCUGUCAGAUCUUCUGAAGAAGGCCAACAGACACUACGAUGACAAGAAGCUCAACGAGUACACACAGACAAUCGUGAGUGUGACACACGUACUGUACACGUUUACACAAACACACAGGUUUAACACAGUGUAGUAACAUUAUGCCACUCACUGUUGUAUCGCUCUCUCCAGCUGAGGAUGUUUGAUCUGAACGGUGAUGGGAAACUGGGCCUGUCUGAAAUGGCCAGGUGAGUGUGUGUCUUGUUCACUGAGAGACUCUCUGUGUUACACUUGAAUCCAUUUUGAAGUAAAGAAUCUGAAUGUGAACGAUUUUAUUUUAUCUCAUUUAAGGCUGCUGCCGGUUCAGGAAAAUUUCUUGCUCAAGUUCGAGGUGAGACCACACCCACACACCCUCCCCACCCCACACACAAAUUCCUUUAGGAAUUGGGGCAACGUAUUCAUUUGCGAAAGAGUCGUUCACUAUGUGAAUUAAAGCAGUCUUGACUAUAACCCUAAGGUAAAGGUCAUACAAUGUGUAUGUCGGCAGAUCCAACCGAUGGUACAAUUCAGCUUUAUUGCAUUCACUUUAAGAGGAUAAUACUGUUUAUCAUGGGAGACGUUUACUGAGUCUGCACCUGGCUAGACUAUCGACACCCUUAAAAGUCAUUGCAACACUCUUUCACACGCACUCAAGCACGCACGUUCACACACACACAUACACACACACACACACACACACACCUGUCUGUCAGUCCUGCAGGCUCGUUAAUGAAACCAGUUAGACUCCAGUUUGUGAGGAACAGAUGCAGGCAUUCCCAUGGUGCUGCAACUCAAUAUUAGGAAGGUGUUCCUAAUGUUUGGUAUACUCAGUGUAUAUAUAUAUAUAUAUAUAUAUAUAUAUAUAUAUAUCAUGUACAGUAUGUAUUAUAUUUUUAUUAUACUUUCCCUUCCCUGUCUUUCCCAUCUCUCCAGGGAUGCAAGCUUUCAGCAGAGCAGUUCAAUGUAAUCUUCACCUUCUAUGACAAGGUAAAUGAGCACAGUACACAUAUUUGCAGGGAGGGUGUGUGAGAGAGAUUGCUUGUUUCCCUGUCACACAAGCUACUAGCUCCAUGCAAAUGCUCACUUGCACAAGUAAAUACUCCAAAGAUACACCUGCGUCUGUAUCAAUUAUUUUGUUAGUGUUACCUUGGUAACCUUCCCAGUAGCGGUGCUUGGGUAAAAUCACUGGGGAAGCCAAUCCAGAAAAAAAAGCCAUAUUACAACUUAUGUUUUGUGAUAAUUGCGCUGUUUGCUCUAUAACCUGCUAGUUCAUAUGCCUUGACACUGUGAUAUAUAGGCCUAAGGCCGAGACAAUAAGAAGAAACAGUGGCAGAAUAAAUUCAACCACACCAUUGUUUUUGUCACAAAAUCUGAGAGCAACAUCUGUCCAGUGAAGUCCAGAAACCUAUUGCAUGUAACAGUUACAUGACCUGCAGCAUGGUCGAGCAAGGUAAUGUUUCCGACAUUUUCAGACUACUAAACAACUAUAGAUUUAGAACCACAGAGAGUUACUGCAAGUCACAAAGAAAACAGAAACUGCCUCCACUAUUCCGACACCAUUUCAACUUCAACAUUUCAACAUCAUUUUUACAUUUACAUUUACGUCAUUUAGCAGACGCUCUUAUCCAGAGCGACUUACAAAUAGGUGCAUUCACCCUAUAGCCAGUGGGAUAACCACUUUACAAUAUCUUUUUUUUUUAGGGGGGGGGGGGGGGGGGGGGGGUAGAAGGAUUACUUUAUCCUAUCCCAGGUAUUCCUUAAAGAGGUGGGGUUUCAAAUGUCUCCGGAAGGUGGUGAGUGACUCCGCUGUCCUGGCGUCGUGAGGGAGCUUGUUCCACCAUUGGGGUGCCAGAGCAGCGAACAGUGUUGACUGGGCUGAGCGGGAACUAUGCUUCCGCAGAGGAAGGGGAGCCAGCAGGCCAGAGGUGGAGGAACGCAAUGCCCUCGUUUGGAUGUAGGGACUGAUCAGAGCCUGAAGGUACAGAGGUGCCGAUCCCCUCACAGCUCCAUAGGCAAGCACCAUGGUCUUGUAACAGAUGCGAGCUUCAACUGGAAGCCAGUGGAGUGUGCGGAGGAGAGGGGUGACGUGAGAGAACUUGGGAAGGUUGAACACCAGAUGGGCUGCGGCAUUCUGGAUGAGUUGUAGGGGUUUAAUGGCACAGGCAGGGAGCCCAGCCAACAGCGAGUUGCAGUAAUCCAGACGGGAGAUGACAAGUGCCUGGAUUAGGACCUGUGCCGCUUCCUGUGUAAGGCAGGGUCGUACUCUCCGAAUGUUGUAGAGCAUGAACCUGCAGGAUCGGGUCACCGCCUUGAUGUUAGCGGAGAACGACAGGGUGUUGUCCAGGGUCACGCCAAGGCUCUUCGCACUCUGGGAGGAGGACACAAUGGAGUUGUCAACCGUGAUGGCGAGAUCAUGGAACGGGCAGUCCUUCCCCGGGAGGAAGAGCAGCUCCGUCUUGCCAAGGUUCAGCUUGAGGUGGUGAUCCGUCAUCCAUACUGAUAUGUCUGCCAGACAUGCAGAGAUGCGAUUCGCCACCUGGUUAUCAGAAGGGGGAAAGGAGAAGAUUAGUUGUGUAUCGUCAGCGUAGCAAUGAUAGAAGAGGCCAUGUGAGGAUAUGACAGAGCCAAGUGACUUGGUGUAUAGGGAGAAUAGGAGAGGGACUAGAACUGAGCCCUGGGGGACACCAGUGGGGAGAGCACGUGGUGCGGAGACAGCUUCUCGCCACGCCACUUGGUAGGAGCGACCGGUCAGGUAGGACGCGAUCCAGGAGUGAGCCGCGCCGGAGAUGCCCAGCUCGGAGAGGGUGGAGAGGAGGAUCUGAUGGUUCACAGUAUCAAAGGCAGCAGACAGGUCUAGAAGGACAAGAGCAGAGGAGAGAGAGUUAGCUUUAGCAGUGCAGAGAGCCUCCGUGACACAGAGAAGAGCAGUCUCAGUUGAAUGACCAGUCCUGAAACCUGACUGGUUUGGAUCAAGUAGGUCAUUCUGAGAGAGAUAGCAAGAGAGUUGGCUAAAGACGGCACGCUCAAUAGUUUUGGAAAGAAAAGAAAGAAGGGAUACUGGUCUGUAGUUGUUGACAUCAGUGGGAUCGAGUGUUGGUUUUUUGAGAAGGGGUGCAACUCUCGCUCUCUUGAAGACGGAAGGGACAUAGCCAGCGGUCAAGGAUGAGUUGAUCAGCGAGGUGAGGUAGGGGAGAAGGUCACUGGAGAUGGUCUGGAGAAGAGAGGAGGGGAUGGGGUCAAGCGGGCAGGUUGUUGGGCGGCCUGCAGUCACAAGUCAGAAGAUUUUAUCUGGAGAGAGAGGGGAGAAAGAAGUCAAAGCAUAGGGUAGGGCAGUGUGAGCAGGACCAGCAGUGUCAUUAGACUUAACAAACGAGGAUCGGAUGUCGUCAACCUUCUUUUCAAAGUGGUUGACGAAGUCAUCCACAGAGAGAGAGGGGGGGGGGGGGGGAUUCAGCAGGGAGGAGAAUGUGACAAAGAGCUUCCUAGGGUUAGAGGCAGAUGCUUGGAAUUUAGAGUGGUAGAAAGUGGCCUUAGCAGCAGAAACAGAUGAAGAAAAUGUAGAGAGGAGGGAGUGAAAAGAUGCCAGGUCGGCAGGGAGUUUAGUUUUCUUCCAUUUCCGCUCCGCUGCCCGGAGCUCUGUUUUGUGAGCUCGCAAUGAGUCAUCAAGCCACGGAGCUGGAGGGGAGGACCGAGCCGGCCGGGAGGAUAGGGGGACACAGAGAGUCAAAGGAUGCAGAAAGGGAGGAGAGGAGGGUUGAGGAGGCAGAAUCAGGAGAUUGGAGGGAGAAGGAUUGAGCAGAGGGAAGAGAUGAUAGGAUGGAAGAGGAGAGAGUAGUGGGAGAGAGAGAGCGAAGGUUGCGGCGGCGCAUUACCAUCUGUGUAGGGGCAGAGUGAGUAGUGUUGGAGGACAGAGAGAGAGAAAAGGAUACAAAGUAGUGGUCGGAGACAUGGAGGGGAGUUGCAGUGAGAUUAGUAGAAGAGCAGCAUCUAGUAAAGAUGAGGUCAAGCGUAUUGCCUGCCUUGUGAGUAGGGGGGGACGGUUAGAGGGUGAGGUCAAAAGAGGAGAGGAGUGGAAAGAAGGAGGCAGAGAGAAAUGAGUCAAAUGUAGACGUAGGGAGGUUGAAAUCCACCAAAACUGUGAGGGGUGAGCCAUCCUCAGGAAAGGAACUUAUCAAGGUGUCAAGCUCAUUGAUGAACUCUCCAAGGGAACCUGGAGGGCGAUAGAUGACAAGGAUAUUAAGCUUAAAUGGGCUAGUGACUGUGACAGCAUGGAUUUCAAAUGAGGAGAUAGACAGGGUUAGUGGAAAAAUUGAGAAUGUCCACUUGGGAGAGAUGAGGAUUCCUGUGCCACCACCCCUCUGACCAGAUGCUCUCGGGGUAUGCGAGAACACAUGGUCAGACGAGGAGAGAGCAGUAGGAGUAGCAGUGUUUUCAGUGGUAAUCCAUGUUUCCGUCAGUGCCAGGAAGUCGAGGGACUGGAGGGUAGCAUAGGCUGGGAUGAAGUCAGCCUUGUUGGCAGCAGAACGGCAGUUCCAGAGGCUGCCUGAGACCUGGAACUCCAGGUGUGGGGUGCGUGCAGGGACCACCAGGUUAGAGAGGCAGCAGCCACACGGUGUGAGGCGUUUGUGUAGCCUGUGCGGAGAGGAGAGAACAGGGAUAGGCAGAGGCAUAGUUGACAGGCUGUAGCAAAUGGCUACAAUAAUGCAGAGGAGAUCGGAAUGAAAUGAACUAAACAUCUGGGAAAGGAGAGAGUAAAAACCAAAACUCCCAAAUAUAACUCUCCCAACUUCACCUCAGAAACUAUAAUUGUUUCACUGAACCACCGAAUAAAACUCUCCCAACUUCCACUUUAGAAAUUAGAAUUGUUGAACUACAGCGGUUCAAUGUUUCAAGGAAUAGACUCAACUUACUUUAUUCAGCUAGCUAACUAUGACGCUAUAGCUAACUAGCAUGCUAGCAUCCAAUAACACACAGUUUAGCACCAAUACUUGGUUACAACAAACUACCAAUAGUGUGUUAACACACUAAACAGAUAAUUAGUGUCCGUGUCUAGUUCCUUUCAUAACGCAGCAAUAAUUAAACGUUGGCUAGCUAGCACAAAUAUAUUGUAUUUAGCUGCUACAGUACAGCUAGCUGGUCGUGUUGGCUAGCUAGCAAUGGCUGCUGUGUUGACUUUGUUUGAAAAAGUCAUCAUCUAAUCAUCUAUGCUUAGUCAAAUACAGUGACAACUAAAAGAUACCAAAAACGAUUUAGUCCAAUCAACAUAAGCUAAUUAUGAUGUGGCUAACCAUGGUACUGAUUUAUGUGUGUGUGUGUGCAAGUAGAAAAAACAUGUUGUUAAGUAAAACCACAAGUCCAAAGCCCUAAUUUAGGAAAGGGCCGAACACAACGAGAUGCAACAAUUCAAGUUUUUUUAUUGACGUUUGGCUUGGGAUGUGAUUGGUCUGAAGCAAAAUCCAAACUGGCUUCCCUUGACACUUUUCUUUGGUGCGCCAAGAUCAUUCACAGAUGAGCUCACUCAGUUUAGCUCAAAGAUGAUUGGCUAUUAUUUUAUAAAUGUUUUAUCAAGGGAGGCCAAAUGCUCGCUGGCUUCCCUUGCAUUCAAUGCUACCGGCGGCAACAAUGUCAUACUCUUUCUGACCAGACAGCAUCAGAUAGAUACACUACACAUACUGAGACAGAGGGGAGCUGUUUGGUUCGCUCGGAUGCUUUCUCCGGUGAGAUACAUUCAUUUCAGCCUCUUGCGAAUUGAACGAAAUUCAUAAAACAACUUUUUGGUCAACUUUUUGGGGAAGCCUGGCUUCCCUUGGUAACCAUGAAUACACGCCACUGAACUUUCCACAAAGAAAACAGUACAGUAGGAAAGACAGGUGUACAGUACAGGAGUCUCAUGCUAAUGCUUUUGUAUUGAUCUGAAUUGGCAGUUGGUCUGUGAAUGAUUGAUCUAACCUGUGUAUACUCUGAGUGGGAGGAUAUCUGAGUGUUUGAUUGUUCUUUUAAUGAGAAUUUGAUAUGAGAUGCCCCGCCCCUUUCUGCUGUUUCACUGUUUUUCACUGUUUAACUAGGAUGGGAACGGUUACAUCGAUGAGCAGGAGCUGGACGCACUGCUAAAGGACCUCCAUGACAAGAACAAAAUGGUAAAGAACAAGAGACUUCACUUAUUUACUGACUCAUCUUUUGAUUAGUUGAUUGAUUGAUUAUCUCAUACUGCACCUGGAGUGUUUUCAAGAUCAGAAUGAUUGGCAGAACGUUGUGGUCUUGUACAGGUUAUUGUCUUCUGAGUUGUUGUUGGAUCAGGAUGUGGUGUUGCAUUGACCGUUAGGGCCACACCUAGCAAACAGGGGACGUCCUGAGGAUAUUUGGUGACUUUCCCAUUAGGUCCCUUAAAGCUUUCGGCACAAAGUUAUCCCACUGACGUUCUGAGAAUGUUCUAAGAAUGUUGCGUGAUGGUCCCAAGGGAACGUUCUCUGUGGGACCUUUAUCUAGUUCCCUGAACGUUCCCAGGAUGCCACUAAGGACCAUUUCAGGACCUUUUUAGGACGUUCUCAGGACUUUCCUUUUACUAGUCCUUAGGACGUUGCGUGAUGGUCCCAAUGGAACGUUCUCUGGGGAAUCUUUGUCUAGUUCCCUGUAAGUUCCCAGGAUGUCACUGAGGACCAUGUCAGGACCUUUUUAGUACGUUCUCAGGACUUUCAUUUUACUAGUCCUUAGGACGUCGAAUGAUGGUCCCAAGGCAACAUUCUCUGGGGGACCUUUUUAUAGUUCCCGGUUUGACCUGGGAUGUUUUUAGGAUGUUCUUGGGACGUUGUGUCAUGGUCCCCUGAAGGUCACCUGAACCUUUUUUGGACAUUGUGUCAUGGUUCCCUGGAGGUUUUGUCUAGUUCCACGUUUGUCCUGAGGAUGUCCCCAAGGACGUUUUUAGCACGUUCUUGGGACGUUGUGUCAUGGUCCCCUGGAGGUCCCCUGAACAAUCUUGGGACUUUGUGUCAUGGUCCCCUAGAGGUUUUUGUCAUGGGAUGGUCCCAGGUGUCCCAAACCAUUUUAAGUAAAGUAAUUAAAUGGUAUGGGGGUUUUAAGGUAAGUGGUACCCUGUUCAGCUAAAAUAGUGUAAAAAUCUUUAAUCAAUGAAAAUAUUAUUACAUUUGACAUGAUCACUACUGACUUUUCAAUAUGACCCCACCUGAGAUUUGAACUCACAACCUCUAGAUUUGGUUAUGCUGAUCUUUCUGCUGUGCCACAAAGUCCCCUACACAUUCAUUACCUAUAAUACAUCCCUGCACUUAGCAAAAGAGUGCCAUCUGCACUGCUAUUGUAGUUAUCAGUUAAUCUCACUAUUCUCUCAUUGAUUUCGUUUACAUAUUUCAGCAAUUUGAGUUUGGGUUUGCAGUAAUGUUGGUGGGGAAUAUUAUUCUGUUUUAAUGUUAUUCCUGAAUCACUACGAUAAAUAUAAUAGUUUUUCUUCAGUGUAUUUUUAACAGAGCUGAGAUUUACUUUGAAUUGCUAAGUGUAGGAACAGGCCUGCUACAGGGGAAAUCAGUCAUUGAUACAGACAUGGUGGCGUAGCAGGAAGAUUGGAAUGCUGUGACCCAAGAGGCUGUGAGUUCAAAUCCCAGAUGAGGACAUGUUAAAUAAUAAUUACUGUAUGAAUAAACAUACACAAUGUAAUCAUCUAUGUCAAAGGGUGUCAAAUAUGUAAGUUGAAAACACUGUAUGUUAAAAGCACUAUGUGUGUUUGGGUGCCCCUAGCAUUGCCAAAAUACAAACAGCUGUGACUGGAUCAGUGGUUCACCAACCAGGGCCUUGAUAGGCUUGGCAACAGUAACAACGGGUGAUGUGUAAUGAAACUAGGGUAAGCAUGCCCUGGGUAGAUUUUUUUUUUUUUGGGGGGGGGGGGGAAUGUUUCUUUGCGACCGGGAACUAGACAAAAACCUCCAGGGGACCAUGACACAACAUCCCAAGAACGUUCAGGGGGUCUUCAGGGGACCAUGACCCAACAUCCCAAGAAAGUCCUAAAAAAAGUCCUCAGGGACAUCCCCGGGACCAACCGGGAACUAGACAAAACCUCCAGGGGACCAUGACACAAUGUCCUGACGACUUCAGGCGACCGUUUCGUGAAGUCCUGGGGACGUCCUAACGACUCAUUAUUGUUUACAGGGUAGACACCAUAGUUAAUGACAUCAUUGGUUGAGGCUCUAGCACUCACGUCUGUUUCUCCCCCCUGUUUGCUGUAGGAGUUGGACUCGACCGGUCUGGUGGGCUACAAGAAGAGCAUAAUGGCUCUGUCCGACGCGGGGAAGCUCUACCGCACCGAGUUGGAGAUCGUCCUCUGCCGCGACUCCACACUGUGAUCUUUCACCUCUGACACCUGGCAACCCCCCACUGCCCCCAUCCUGGCAUAACCAGGUGCAUGUAUGCCCCCAGCUCCACUCCCAUCUCUGAAGAGUGAAAGUCCACUUGAAGGCACAAGCAAGACCCUCAGCCCAACUGUCCCACUCUGUUUAACUACCUGCCCCUUACAUUGCCCCACCUCCCCUCCCCCUUAUCACAGCGUGGUGCUGCCUGAUGAUGAUUUAUUUUACUUUACAUGCAAUUCUAUAGUGAGUUAACCAUUAAUGAUGGAAAUAAUAGCAGGAAUAUAUGAUACAACUAUUUAUUUGAAUGCAUAUACAUUUUGCCUGAAUGUCCUUUGUACUGUACUCCCGUAGCCUACUCUCUGUUUUUUUCACAGUUCGUCUGUCAAUCUCGCUAUCUCUCUCUUUUUCUCUUUACCUCCAAUCUCAAUGCCCCUCCCUCACUCUUCGGUUCAGUCUGUUGCCUUGUUUUUGAAUUGGGUUUAGGCUCAUACUGUUUUAAUGGAGAAAUUAUUGAGAGCAUCAAUAAAUAUAGCUGAUGAUCACUUAUGUCUUUACUCACAACCACAGGGCCAAACUGUCUCUAUCCAAACAAUGGGAUCUCAGUCUGCUAAACUUCUAUAUCAGCCUAUAAAUCUCUAUAAACGCCUAGCUAAAUCUGUUUCUAUUAAGACUUUGCCUUGGCCAGGCAAGGGAGAGCUAUUUUUCUUCGCCAGCAUAAUGUGUUUCCUGUGAAGAUAACAGUUCCAAUACCGAUGUUAGGAGCAGGCACGUUAUCUCCCUGAGCACUCCACUCUCGCUGUUCUAAUCUCCCACUGAAAGGCAGUGUGAUGGAGAGGGAGCCUGCGCAUAGAGACUCAUAUGUCUCUAUGGCACACUAGGCACACUGAGUGAGUGGCCGAGGGGAGGGAUAUGAGUGGAGUUAAAAACCAGCCUUUCUCCACCAUCUCCUGCUAGUAGACUAGUCCUACCAUAACAGCCUAACAAACUUUUGAGAUCACAAAUGAAUUGAAAUUCUCAAUAUGUUUGUUUACUUACUGUAUCACUACAAGAAAAACUCCUGAUGUUUUUCUGCCUCAGCAGCUCCAUCUGAGCCUUUGAGCCUCACUACUCACACCGUCAUCCCAAAUUAGCAGACAGAGCAGUUUAGGGCACUCCAGUUGACGGACACAUUUCCCUGUGUAAUAUAUAGAUGGGAAUGUUCAGAGUCCUGAAAGAGAAUGACAAAUAUGUACCAGGCUUGUUUUUGGUCUUUAAAGGUUUAAAAGAACACACAACUCUGUAAUCAUUACGUUGUUACACAAUUGUUCAAAAAACUUUAUGUGAUUACCUGUGGUAAUACAUCUCAUUUUGUGUGUAAGCUUUUGGAGCUGUCCACAUUUUUCACUAUAUGGAGAAGUCUGGACACCCCUGGUUCAGUACCAAAUGGAACAGUCUGACUUCCAUCAAUUAAUCAUCAGCACUUUCAUCUUUAAUUAAACUCACUCAGGUUUUUUUAAGCACAAAAAAACACCAAACCACACACGCACGUACACACACACACACACACACAACUUUGAUCCCCAAGCAGCCAACUGCUGACAACAGUACAGGAGAAAUAGAGUUAAGUCCGCUCUGAUUCCCUCCUCCACACUGGUCCCUCACUCAGAAACAAAAAGAGAAGAGAGGGAAGCGAGAGAUGGGGAGAAAGACAGGCUGCUAAGAUUGGGGUCCAUAUUUAGCUAUUCUCCGCUGAGUAGAUUUGCUAUUGCUUCAAACAAAAGGGAUAGGUGCACACACACACACACAUGGAGAGGUGCAUGCACCUAGAAAAAAUAUUAGGAACAAACAUAUGUUAAUAACAGAAAACAUCAGAUGCUCCUCUCUCUAAGACACACCAAAUCAGCUUCUGCUGAGUCAGAGGAUGAGGCAAGGUUGCAGCCUCGGCGCACAAACACAUUUAAGAGUUAUAGGCACAUGAAGUAAAAAAGUUUUGGGUCUAUUUAGAAAUGAGUUUGGGCUUAUAAAGUCUGCUGUCUUUGAUACUGAGUUUUUGGUCCAGUACAGAUACAGACACAGCCACGCAUGCAUGCACACACACACACACACACACACACACACACACCACUAAGUGUUGUUGGACAGCUCUGCGGUGACUGGAUAAGGCAAACAGUCGUAAAGCUUUUCAGGAAUUUUCUCGGUGAGUCAUGGACAUGGCCGGAGCAGAGAAGGGAACAGAUGCAGGCAAAUCCCUGAUGGAUUUUGGAACACUGGCCUCUCCUGCUCAGCACAGUCCCAAUGCGCCACUAAUCCCUGAUUUCUGAAAUGGUGGCAAAAGAAGAAAACACUCGUUGGAUUUUGUCUCUAAUCCAUUUAUUCGGCAGAGAAAUUAAGCGCCAUAAUUUCCGAAAAUUAGUGAGACUAAGAGAGACAAAGAUACUAACACGUACACACACAAACACACAGACGGAUGCAUACUUUUUCACUACUGUCAGUACCAGUAGUAGUAAUAUGGCAUAUGGCUGUCCUUUGAGCGUUAAUUGCGAUGCCACAACUUCUUAUUUCCGCGGAAACGUAUUUCCACAGCAACUUAUUACAGUGCAAUUAAACUGGUCUGAGUCUCUUCCUGGGAAACACUUAACCUGUGGGUGUGGAGGAACUAUGGGGAACUGUUUGUCUGUCUGUGUGUGUGUGUGUGUGUGUGUGUGUGUGUGUGUGUGUUGGGUGGGGGGGGGGGGGGGGGGGGUGUUUACUCAGUCAUCAACAACGGAGUUCAAAGAUGUUUUAAGUAUAAAAUACAUGUUUAACUCCCCAUAAGUGAGUGUCACAUUCUAUUAUAGAGCUCUAGAGUUCAUUCUGCACUGUGUUAUCUCACUACUGAAGGCUAUUCAUAUUCUAGCUCUAGAGUUCAUUCUGCACUGUGUUAUCUCACUACUGA